UGGCAUACUGAAUACAGACGACACGUACAUCCCUUUUAGCUGUUUUGUGAAUUGAAAAUUGCGAGAAUUGUCCUUAAUGGUAAUUAGGACUCAAUUUAACAUUUGUGCAGCUGUAGAUCAAUAUUCUUAACGACCAUCAGUCUUGGUCAAUUUUCACAAGUUAACUUUGAGUGGUGAAAACAUUGAAAAGUUUGAAAACUGUUUAAGGGUUGAGUUUUUGUGAUAAAUUAUUUUGCGCUUAGGGUUGAAUCUUUUAUUGCCACAAUAAGUUCUACAAAGGAAUCCCAGAAAAUGGAAAGAAUAUCUGUGAAUCGUUUCUCAUUCCGUCGCAAGGGAAGUUAUCGAAAAGAUAAAGAUAAAGAUAAGGAGAUAAAAGAUGAUUUUGAUUACACCCAGUUGACGUUUCUCAAUCAGGAAGAAGCACAGAAAAUUGAUGAAGAAUUAUUUGAUGAAUAUGCAUUUAGUGUUGAUCAGUUGAUGGAAUUAGCAGGCUACAGCUGUGCGAUAGCAAUAUCAAGAUGUUAUCCCAGAGACCUUAUGACAAAAGACAAUGGUGCUGUUUUAGUUUGUUGUGGUCCUGGUAAUAAUGGUGGCGAUGGUUUGGUUUGUGCCAGACAUCUUAAAUUAUUUGGAUACAAACCCUCCAUUUUCUACCCAAAGCAGCCAAAUAAACCAUUAUUUAAUAAUUUACGACUACAAUGUGAAAGGAUGGACAUGCCUUUCUUAUCAUUCUUCCCUUCUCAUCCAGAACUAAUAACUGAUUCAUAUAACCUGGUAAUAGAUGCCCUGUUUGGCUUCAGUUUUAAAGGUCCAGCACGGCCAGAAUCAGCUGUUAUUUUAGAUAAACUAAAAGCAAUUCAAAAUGAUGUUCCUAUCUGUAGUAUUGAUAUACCUUCAGGGUGGGAUGUGGAAAAUGGAGACCCAGACGGAAUUCAACCAGAACUACUUAUAUCCUUGACAGCGCCUAAAUUAAGUGCAAAACUCUUCAAAGGCAGAUAUCACUAUCUUGGAGGCCGAUUUAUUCCCAAAACGUUAGCUCAGCGCUAUAAUCUCAACUUGCCACCCUACCCCGGUACUGAUUGUGUUGUAGAAUUGAAAACACAAGUUGAGGAGCCAAAAGAAUCCUGAAUUUCUUGAGACUAUUUAGUACAAUGGUAUUAUUUUAUCAAAAAUAUAUUACCAAGAAUAAUGUUUGUUGAUUCUCUUGUAUUAUAUGUAAUUUAAGGAUUUUAUAUGUUGCAAAGUUGAUCUCAAUGGAACAGAUUCUAAUUACAUUAAAUUAUGCUAUUAUAUUUUUAAACAAGCCAACAGUGAGGCUGAUCUCCCCUGUCAUAAUCCCAAAAUAAAUAGAUGACACUCAUUAAUUACUUUCACAUUUAUCUUUUUAUAAAGCAUCGAGCAAUCAAAUUACCAGGCUGCUUAGCCUGAGAAGGAAAUGCAUUACAUCAAACUUAGCCAAGACAUCGCCUACACAAUGUUUUAAUAUUCUACCUUAUUUAUGAGUAAUGUUAUUGUGUCCCAAAAAGUGUGAUGGACAUUAUAAUAUUUUCCUGUUUUCUUCGAAAGACAGUAGACAAUUAGUACUACAUUAUUUCUUUUAUUAAUUAAAAUUAGUUUUAAAAAUAAUUUCUCACACUUGCUGACUGGAGAUCUAUACAAAUAGAUAUUCUUAGUCUGUAUGUUUUGAUACAUCCACAUUCAACAGAGAAUUCUGGCUGAUUUUUUGUCGAGUGCAUUUGUCAAUACGCAGUCUGUAAGAAAGAACCAUGUUAUCUGUCUGUUCAGAUUUUAACUUGUUGAAGCUAAUGGUUAUGAUACAGGUCAAUGUUAGAAACUGCAAAUCAAUGAGUUAUCUUGACAUUUAAAUAUUAUGAAACUACAGUAGAUACAGCACAAACAGCUAGCUUUUAAAUCUUGUGAAUGUGAUAAUGGACAGAAUUAUGUUCAUCAUUAUACGCACAUGAAAGAAUCUUAUUAAAAUGAAAAAAACUCCACAUUUAUAUCAAAUACAAUACAGAAAAGGUAAUUUAUUUAAGCUUGUUAAAUUGUUUAACACUACUUUGCUUAUCUUUGAUCAAUAACAGGAUCAACUGUAAUAUGAACUCAUCAAUGAUUAAUUUGCUAAUAAACUAUUUCUCCAGCUUGCCUCCAGCUAAAUUCAGGAAAAAUCAUUUUUUUUGCUGAAACUGAAUUGUAUAAUUAUUUGGUUAGAGUUAAUGAAACAGAAUAAUAAGUGAAGGAAAACCAUGCGAAACAUAACAAUAACACCCAAGGUACUAGAAUUCAAUAUAAUUCUAAUGUUCUAGAUGCUAUAAGCCAAUAGCCAAAUACGAAUAAUGGAAGUGCUGAGGCAGUGGGAGAACUUAAAUUGGUUUGUAAACUGGACAGUCUUGUGUGUGUCAUGUUAUGUAUCAAAUAUACUGUAUUCUCUUUUUUAUCGUCCAUUCUAAAUGCAUAAUCUCUUAUUAUCCCCUGCCUAAGAGAAAACAGGGCACUCUUAACAUGGGUUUGGUAGGCGUACUUCAAUAACUCUAAUUGAGGUAAAAUGUUCAAGCUUGGUGCAGAUGUUUGAAUAUCUUGCUGAUUUUGAUGAGCUUUAUCUGCUUAGACUAAGUACAGAUAAGCAAUUUCAUCUUUUGAUUCAUUAGAACAGGAUAAUUUUAAUUUUAAUUGAGUAAAUGAUGAAACUUGAUUUAUAGUUUCAUUACAUCAAUACCAUGACUAAGUUCAAUAAUCAGCAUUUUCUGUUAUCGUUAAGUGAUAAACAAAAUGGUUGCUUGAUGCUUUAUAAAAAGACAAAUAUGAAAGUAAUUAAUGAGUGUCAUAUUUUUAUUUGGGAAUUUAGGUGGCUUAUGUUAGUUUGUAUGUUGCCUCUCUCAUAAGUUUAUACUGAUCAGCUGCUCUAUUUUGUUUAAGUUAUUGUACAUAACUAAAAUUUGAUGACAACUACAACUAUCAAAGAACUUGAUUACCGUACUUGGGAGUCCAUUGUUUCUCGUCGGCAUAUAUGUUAGCAAUCUGACUUUGACAAUUAAGAUACUGAAUAUACAAUAAAGAAAUGAACUUUACCAUAUUCAAACUUCAAUCAUUAUUCUCAAAUUUUAUUACUAGCACUAUUUAAUAGGCUGUAAGAUGGAUACGCUGUAUGCACACAAGAGACAAUGCAAUGGGAAUAAUGUCCCUACUCUAUAGGAAGUUAUAGAUUAUGUGAUGAAACCACUAUCAAAUUCCAUUAUAAUUCUUGGGUUCGACAAGAUUGAAACAUACUAGAUGAAUUUAAUAUCUACUCGGAUAUAGAAAAAAAAUACCUACUGCAUGAAUAACAGUUUUAAAAUUACAGGACACCUGCCAGUGGCAUUGCCAGUUUGGCAUAAGACAGAAUGAGCAUAUGAAGAAAAAACUCGAACAUUUAUAUAAAAGU